AUGGCUUCCAAUUCACCGAGGCCUCUGGUCUAUCGGUUGAGAGGAUGCCCGGCUCAUCUGCAUCCUGGGACAGCUGCUGAAUUUCUCAGCCGAGAAUUCGGAGAUGUCUCGCGCGAUGAUAUACAAAUUCAGUCUCUGGCCACAGAUCCAGAACCAUGGGUGACAUCGCCAACCAAAGUGGGGACUUUGGUGUUCAAGAGACUUCCAGCUCUCAUAGAAACGCAGAAAGAACAAGACACAUGGGACCUAAAGGUUCUUGGGUUUGAAAGACCUUUGGUUCUUGACACUCAUUUUAGAGGGAUGACACCUCUCAAUGAUGUUGAAGAAGCGAAACAUGAAUUCAACUGUAUUGCCAUUUCGGGCCUGGCAAGUCACCCGUUCGGUUCAUGGCAACCAAAAGGGAGGGACAAAAGCUUCAUGUGGCUACGAGAUGAACUACCGCGCGCCAUACCCGAAACAAGAAUCAGCAUAUAUGGAUAUGAUACCACUCUCGCAGGGAGUACUUCUUUCCAGUCCAUCCAGGAUCUAGCGGUAUCUCUCAUCGACCACAUCAAAUCCUCCGGCUGGGCUCUUCCCAGUGCAAAGCCAUUGAUUUUCUUGGCCCAUAGCCUAGGUGGUAUUGUCCUAAAGGAAAUGUUUACUUUCUUAGCAGACAGCGAUGAGCUGGCUGCACACAUCCUUGGGCUUUUUAAAGGAGGUAUAUUCUUUGGUGUUCCUAGCCAAGGCAUGUCUACUUCACAUCUUCUCGCCAUGGUCAAGAAUCAGGUCAACGAGCAGAUGGUUCAUGAUUUAUCGAGCGGUUCGGAAUAUCUACAAGAACUUGAUGAUAAGUUCUCCGGCCUGUCCCUAGUUAGAGACAUACGCAUCUACUGGGGUUAUGAGACUAAGACGUCGCCAACUGUUAUGAAGACAGCAGAUGGAUCUUUUACAAGGGAAGGUCCAGAAGAAAUCUUAGUUUCGAAGGAGUCGGCGACACACAACCGAUAUGGUUCAAAGCCACCAUUUACCUUUCCCAUCAACGAGAACCACUCGGAGAUGGCCAAGUUCGGAGCAGAUAACCCAAAUCUUCGUAUUGUGAAGGACAAGUUGAGAGAGCUAUGCCAGGACAGUUCCAGGUCAAAUAGUAGCGUUAGGACAAGGGCUGAAGUACCAAAUCCAACUUUAGAGUCACAUGGGACCAUAGAAAAUAAUAGGCUAAUGGGGCAUGAUGAACCCCGUGCUUCCACAGCCCAUCACACUCGGAGUUGGUCAAUCAAGGAUCUGAUGGAAUCACUAGAAUUCUUUAAUCAAGGUUCUCGCUUUCAUACAAUCGACAAGAACUAUGAACAUACAUAUGAAUGGGUCUUCGAUGUCGAGAAAACCCCUUUCGCAACGUGGCUUGAGGAUGGAAAUAAUUUCUUCUGGAUCCAUGGAAAGCCGGGGUCUGGAAAGUCGACACUGAUGAAGUUCAUUGCCGAAGAUAAACGUACUUUAGAACACCUUCAUGAGCUCUCAUCUGGAGCUUUCAGAAUAUCUGCUAUGUUCUUCUUCCAUGACAGGGGAACGUUGCUACAGAAGUCUUUUGAAGGGCUGUUAAGAAGCAUUCUUCACCAAAUCAUCGGCCAAAUCCAGCAAUGUGGAAGGGCUGGCGCGGAGCUCAUAGAAGGGCUUCUCAGACAACUUCCACCGCGGCGAGAACAAGACAAUCCUUGGACCCUUAAUAUAUUGGAAAAUUGCCUCCGCCAAAUCCUUCAUCAAACCGUUCUAGAUUUGAAGAUAUUCGUCCUUCUUGACGCCUUGGAUGAGCAUGAUAUGAAUCCUGACUUCAUCUGUCGUUUUCUGCAGGAUAUGAUAAGUAUGACGGCCAAUUCCCGCACCAAAUUGAAGGUGCUAUUCUCUAGCCGCCCCUGGGAAGAAUUCACACACGACAUUGAGAACUACUGCUGGGGCAUGGUUUAUUCGAGAGGCGAAGAGCCCUCUAUCACAUUGAGCCCUAUCAUUCCAAAGGUGAUUGACAGAGCAAACGGCGUUUUUCUCUGGGUCAAGCUAGCGUUGCAUGAGUUGAUGAACGAAGCCGCCCAAAAAAACACCGAUGAGCUUGAAAGCUCCCUCAACUCGAUCCCCUCUGACCUACAAGAUUACUAUGUCAGAACCCUCCGUCGCAUACCGGAGAACCUUCGUUGGAAUGCAUAUGUGAUAUUCGAGGUGCUGUCAAAGACUGAUAGAUCUCUUGGCCCAAUUGAUAUAAUUGAUAUAAUUGAAUGCUCUAAGAAAUCAAGCUACGAAGGCUGUCGCAGCGUUGUGGAUCCACGCAGAGUAAACCCAGAAAAGAAUAUGCUAAAAAGAUUAUGGCAUGGAGAGAAGCCCAACAAGAAAAAACAUAUUGAAGAGCCCUAUAAACUGGACGCGAAAAGAAAAGACAGGAUAGUAACCACCACAGGCAAUCUGGUCGAGAUAAUCAAGAAUAAAAGAGGUCCAUUCGUGGUACAAUUCAUACACCAAACCGUGAGAGAAUUUGUCCGCAGCCGGGAUUUUAAGCAGACAAUUUUAGCCAUCUUGAAUCCUAGAGAUAGACGAAUUAAGGAAAAUGGCCAUACCUUCCUAGUUAAAUAUUACUUUGCCGAAGGGCAGAUAAAUCCUUGCAGCCUUCGACAUAUAUCUCUCCAUGAGGCGACGACGGGGAACAGCCUCAAGGGCUUCAUCGACAGUAUUCCGAAAGAAGCCUACGACAACUACUACCAUAAACACAUUCAUGACCAUGUGAAAGGACCAUUAUCCCUAGCCGUUUCUUUAAACCUGGGGCUAUAUCUAGAGGAUACGCUACGUGCUGAGCCCGACGUUUUCAGAAACACGAAAGAGGAGUUGGUAUCGGUAAGACCAUACUCUAUUACACAUGCGCCAAGGCAACUUUCUCUGUUGCGCUUCGUUUUCGAAAACGGCUAUGCCGUCAAACAUAUAGGAGAAAUCAUGGCGGCAAUGAAACUCCUUUAUUAUUCAGAGGAAUUUUCUUUAUACGAGUACAUCGACGAAAAAGUUCCAACGGCAAUCGCACAUUGCCAAGAUGCAGACAUAUGGUUCCAACCUUCUUUCGAAAUUUUCGAUAAUCGACCUCGUAUCUUCCGCCAAUUCCGCCCACAUCGUGUGAAGAUUUUGCAUGAAGCGAGAACGCCGGAAUUCGCCCGUUGCAUAUUAGAUCGUGGAGCUGAAGUCAAUGAGACCGACUCUUUGGGUAAUACCCCCUUAGACCAUAUAAUUUCGGAUUUUCGAAUACCGCAUGGGGACCCUGGUAAAUCUGACGAGAGCUGGCUGUUGGUGAAGUAUGCCACCUCCCUACUACUCAUCGAGCGUGGCGGUAUCACUAGAAGCAGUACAAGGAAGCAAUGGAAUCGCCAUCUAGUCAAGUUGCGAAGCGCCGGCUUGGAUACAGCAAUCCUUGAAGAAUGUUCCAGCCGAUCACUUGAGCAGCGAACCACGGAAAAGAUGAAGAGACUGGUCAACCGUUUUCGGCGAGGAUACUAGUUUCUGCUGAAAGAUACCUACGGUGUAUGAGGCUUAGAUUGUACCUUAACUAGAUAUUGACUUGUUUUGGGGGAAAUCAUGCUUAUAUAGGUACCUAUUCAUUCCUGCAAAGAUGGCAUGUACUGUACCUGAAGGUGAUGCCUUGAUUUUCUCAUUCGACGGUUCUAGGUAUUUACAAUUACCUAAUUAUAAGCACACCCGCAUUAUUAUAACCAUAUCAUCGUCUCUGUAAGCUAAAGAAUGUUCCUUCCCAUGGACUUCUUAGGUACUUCAUAUCGGCUUUAAGUCUAGCUCUCUUUCCAUGUAUAGAGGCAACAGCCUCUUCUGUGUUCACGGUGGAUGUUAUGGCAAUUCUUCCAAAUUUGACGCAUACGUACUUACGAAACUGCCAUUUGGAAACCCUAGCUACCGACUAAGCCCUGUGUUUGGCUCCCAUAGAUGUCAAGUUGGGGCCCCUUCUGUUUCUGCUUUCCCGCGCCGUGUUCGCCAUCCUCUUGGUCUCCUAACCUAGUCUUGCUCUGCCGCCCGCGAUAGACCAGGAAAGCAACUAGGGCCAGCAGUACGAUUCCUCCGAGAGUAGAGCCAACCCCUAUUCCAGCUGCAGUACUAGGUCCGAU